AUGUUAAGAGUUUGCGUUCAUCAAAUUAGAAAAGAUCUUUACGGAGAUUUAAUUGAUUUCAAAAAAAGAUUUGAUACAACAUCAAAAGUUAAAUUUCAAACUGUGAUUAAAAAUUGUAUGAAACAAAUUGCAGGUGGUAUUAGUGCAGCUUUAGUCAGUAUAGCAAAUCACAUUCCAUUUACACUUAUUCGUGCCAUUGAAAAUAGUCAAGAUGAAGAUCAAUAA